AUGUUAGCAAAAUGUCACUAUAAAAUCAAAACGUCGCAUUGUGCUACUGUUGAAAUGAUGAAUGAAAUGCAAUUUGAUAACUUCUGGGUUCGCUUUUCAAAAACGCCAUUCUUCCAAGCUUAUGUUGAACAUUUUCAACCGGGUUACAAAAACAAGGGAAGUUUAUUCGUAUUGCUAGGUUGUUUAUGUCUGGACUUUGUUUCAGAUCUUAGCAUGGAAUAUAUAUAUUUGCUUGACUCAGUUUGUCUUUCAUUCACUUGUUUCCAUUUAGCCUUUCCUCUUUUGUACUCACCAAAGUUAUAUUGCGAUAGUUUGGCUUGA